UUUCAGGCCCUGCAGGCCCCUGCCUGUCAUGAGAACAUGGUGAAGGUUGGAGGCUACAUUCUGGGAGAGUUUGGAAACCUUAUUGCUGGAGACCCACGCUCCAGCCCCCUGGUCCAGUUCAACCUUCUCCACUCCAAGUUCCACCUGUGCUCCGUGCCGACCCGCGCCCUGCUGCUGUCAGCUUACAUCAAGUUCAUCAACCUGUUUCCGGAGACCAAGGCCACCAUCCAGGAGGUGCUGCGCUGCGACAGCCAGAUCCGCAACUCAGACGUUGAGCUGCAGCAGCGUGCUGUCGAGUAUCUGAAGCUUUCCUCCAUCGCUAGCACAGAUGUCCUGGCUACAGUCCUGGAAGAGAUGCCUCCCUUCCCAGAGCGGGAGUCAUCAAUCUUGGCUAAGCUGAAGAAGAAGAAGGGGCCCGGUACUGUGUCCGUGACAGAUCUGGAAGACAGCAAAAGGGAGGGCGGGGAGUUGAAUGGAGGGGGUGAGCGGGGGCCAGACACAGCGGCCAUGGCUUCCUCCAAUGCUUCCACCCCGUCACCAUCAGCAGACCUCCUUGGGAUUCGUUCGGCUGCCCCUGUUGGUGCUGCUCCAGCCAGUGCUGGCAGUCUAUUGGUGGAUGUGUUCUCUGAGGCAGGGCCUACUGCACCUUCUGCUGCUGUGAACGAUGACGGCUUCCUAAGAGAUCUGGAACAGCCCACCGAGACCUGUGACUCCCUAUUGGUGGAGGGUUCUGGUGACUCGGAGUCGUCAAAUCUGUGUGCAGUGGAGUCCGCAAAAUGUGUUCUGAAUACACAAACUCUCAAAUCAGCUGAAAGUCUGCACUCCCAUCUCAAAGGCAUUUGUUCCAUUUCUGAUUCAAGCUCUGCUCCUCCCUCGGAGGAUCCUGCUCCUCCUCUGCCUGAGGCAGACGAACUUCUUAACAAGUUUGUGUGCAAGAACAAUGGGGUUCUGUUUGAGAAUCAGCUUCUACAGAUUGGCAUCAAGUCAGAGUAUCGUCAAAAUCUGGGUGAGUGUUCUUCACAGAGAGAGGAGCGUCCUGCCAGGAUGCAGACAUGACAGACUCUGACAUGGGUUGUUGUUAUUGGUGGGGCCUGGCAGAUGGUGGAUGUUUUUCUGUUGCCUAGUCUACUGAUAUUUAGUGCUGGACAAUAUACCGACUUCUUUUAUAUAUCAAUAGUUUUUCAAACGGGAUAUAGGAUGAGAACAUAUGACUGAAAUCAAUAUAGUUUGAUGUUCCUCUCGUAAAGCCAUGUCGGUUUUUGCAUCUCUCCACCCUCACAUUCUCCACGGAACCCACUCAUGACCCAUGAAGUCUGUCACUGAGUCUCUGAGCGAUGAACCUACACCAUUGAUCUUUGCUCUAUCGAAGAAAGCUAUCCUAUUAGUAUAACACUAUUUAACAAGUAUUUAACAAUAUGAAAACAACUUGGCUAAUAAACCAAACACAUUCCAACCAUUGACCCAGCCUAAACUAGUCUUGUUUGCUUGUGACAUGUAGAUUUCACUUAUUAACAUAUUGCCCAUUUCCUCGAAAAUACAGAUAUUUAUAUUGUUCAUAUAAACUGCGUCAUAGGGCUGCUUGAUUAUGGCAAAAAUCAUAAUC